AUGUUCGGCAAAUUGAAGAGGAUGUUUAUCCCCCAACCCCCAGUCUCUGCUCCAGCCCCGGCCUCUGCCUCAGCCACGGCCUCUGCCCCAGCCGCGGUCCCUGCCCCAGCCGCGGUCCCUGCCCCAGCCGCGGUCCCUGCCCCAGCCGCGGUCCCUGCCCCAGCCGCGGUCCCUGCCCCAGCCGCGGUCCCUGCCCCAGCCGCGGUCCCUGCCCCAGCCGCGGCCCCUGCUCCAGCCCUGGCCACAGUCCCAGCUCCUGCACCUGCUAAGGAACAUAAGCCUGCAGAUAAAGAAAAUGGGGCCAAGAAAGAGGACAAACCAGCAGAGCCUGCACAUGCCCCAGCCACUGCCCCGGCCCCAGCCACUGCCCCGGCCCCAGCCACUGCCCCAGCAUCUGCUGCGGCUCCAGCUACAGCCCCAGCCGCUACCCCAGCCAACCCUGGCCAGGAGGGAGCAGAGGGAGAAGAAGUUCCCCCUCCUCCACCACCUCCUAUAGUGGUAAAUAGGUACUCUGAUGAUCAGCUCCGGGUCAUAGUGAAGAGGAUGAGAGAGAGAACAGAAAUAUACAGAGAGAAGCUCAUAGACCCGCACGCAUCCUCACCUGAAUUCAGCCCUCCAGUCACUCCCAUUUAUCGAAAAAACGAUUAUGAAAUAUUAAUUAAAGAGAGGCUAAUAAAAGAAGAGCAAGAUAGGAUAAAGAAAGAAGAGGAAGACUUAAAAAAGAAAGAGGCGGCAGAGAAGAAAAAGCAGGAGAUGGCGGAAAAGAAAGCGGCAGAGCAAAAAGCGAAAGAUGAAGCAAAAGCAUCGGAGCCUGUGGUCAAACCAACUUUUGGCCAGGAAGUUGCCGCCUUCCUUGACAGGAGGCUAAAACCUAUUGAGGAUGCGAUGGACUCAGUGCUGCCAUCCACCAUAGAUCCAUUCUCAGAUCGUGCGUACAUCGUGUGGCUCACCCUGGUGACUUUGGCCUUCAACUACAACACCUGGUUCAUGACGGCUCGUCUGUGUUUCCCCUACCACACCCCGGAGUGGAUCCCUUACUGGAUAGCCAUGGACCUUGUGGCUGAUUUCAUCUAUCUCAUUGAUUCAAUCUUCUUCCAGGCCCGCAAGCAGUUCGUCAAAGGAGGGGACGUGGUUAAAGACAGGAUUAUAACCAAAGCGUACUACAGAAACUCUGAGAGAUUUAAGAUGGACAUGAUAGCAAUGGCACCCAUAGACUUGCUAUGCUUCCAUUUCGGAUACAAAUCCAUCUUCAGAUUCAAUCGAAUGAUAAAGGUGGACACAUUCUUUGAGUUCAGUGAUCGUCUGGAGAGCCUCAUGUCCAAGGCCUACAUUUGGAGAGUGGUCCGCACCAUUGGCUACCUGCUCUUCAUGCUCCACCUUAACGCCUGUGCCUACUACGUGGCCUCGGCCUACCAGGGCAUCGGCAAGACCACAUGGGUCUACACUGGCAAAGGCAACGCGUACUUGCGUUGUUACUAUUACGCAGUCCGCAGUCUGAUCAACAUCGGUGGUCUUCCCGAGCCCCACACAGUCUUUGAGAUUACAUUUCAGUUGUCAAACUUUUUCGUGGGUGUCUUCGUGUUCUCCAGUUUGAUUGGACAGAUGAGAGAUGUCAUUGGGGCAGCCACCGCAGGCCAGACCUACUUUCGUUCCUCCAUGGACAACACUGUGUAUUAUAUGGUGUCAAAUAACAUCCCCAAACUGUGUCAGAACAGAAUACGCACCUGGUACAACUACACUUGGGACGCCCAGGGCAUGCUAGAUGAAUCUGAGCUGCUGGAGCAGAUGCCUCUGGUCAUGAGGACAGCCAUUGCUGUUGACAUCAACCUGGCUACCUUCCAGAAAAUUGAUCUAUUUAAGGGUUGUGAUAACCAGAUGUUGGUAGACAUGUUGCUGAGGCUUAAGUCUAUUAUAUAUCUACCUGGGGACUUUGUGGUGCAGAAGGGAGAUAUUGGUAAAGAGAUGUACAUAAUCAAGUCUGGAGCAGUGCAGGUGGUUGGUGGACCAGAUAACUCCAUCGUGUUCGUUACACUGAAGGCUGGCUGUGUGUUUGGAGAAAUCAGUCUGUUGCAGUCGUCUAAAGAUGGCGGGAACAGGAGGACAGCUAAUGUCAAAGCUCACGGCUUUGCUAACCUGUCCGUCCUGGAAAAGAAGGAUCUCUUUGAAAUUCUGGUCCACUACCCAAUGGCUCAGAAAGUUCUGGCCAGGAAAGGAAAGAAACUGAUGAAGGCUAAGGGUCCAGCUGCUGCUAAGGCUGUUGAAGAUAAAAAGAAAGGACUGGCGCUGUUCGGACCCAAACCCCCCACUCCUAAAAUGCUGCGUGUCUUUGGGGGCGGCAAAGGCUUUUUGGAGAAACUCAAGCAUGCCACUCAAAAUCAACAAGAUUGA